CAUUAUGAUACAGUUUAGUACACAGAGGCUGUCCUUGACUUGGUUCACUCCCGACUCGUGUUAGUGUGAUUUAGCUACAGUAGUACAACAAAUUUGCUUUAGCUUUUCUUUCCUAAACUGCCAUGUCUCUCGGAUUGUGUCUUGUGUUUACUUGUCCUUAGCUGAAAACGAGCAUGAGAAGCUGCCGUGUUGCAGUUGAGACAUGGAGAUACCUGCAUCCACCUCCGACACCAUCCGCGUCUGCGCUGACAAGACCUGCUCUUCUCUGACCGUGGACGACGUCUACGAGAUAGCUAAAGGGAUCGGUACUGAGCUCGAAAGGCUCAUCGACAGCCACGGCAAAGAGAGCGUCCUGGGCCUGGUGCCGAAGGUGGUCAAAGUGCUGGAGCUUCUAGAGAGCUUCGCGGCCAGGAACCACGCACACAAGCAUAGAGAAGAAGAGCUGCUGAGGACCUUCGAGAGUUUACAGCUACAGCAAAAGCGACGCUCGGGCAACGACGAAAUCAACGAAAAACAUGAAAUUCGGGAGCAGCAACAGAAGGAGCAGCAGUGGAGGAACAAGUGUGAGGAGCUGCAGGUCCAAGUUCAGCAUCUCCAGGAGGACAAUGAGCAGUUGCAGAGCAGGCUGAAAGGCAGCCAUGCCCUGGAUGACCGCGUCCAGCGGCAGGAGCGAGAAGUGAUGCUGAAGCUGAAGCAGGUGGUAGACAAGCAGAGAGAUGAGCUGAGGGCAAAAGUGCAAGAGAUCACCACCAUCUCCAAGGAGGUGGAGGCGCUCCAGGAGCAGUUGGAGCGCUUCAUGAAGAUGAAUGCGGAGCUCCGACAUAAGCAGAAUGUGCUGCAAGCUCAGCUCAAGAGCACUGUGGAGAGAAAGGCUGACUUGGAGGCCGACCUGAAAGAGAAAGUCAAAGUGAUUGAAAAGCUUCAAGCACAGAUGGACAGAACCAACAGCAACAGCCAUUCCAGUCCUGGUCACACCAAUGGUAAAACUGAGCCCUCGGUUGACCUUAAGGAUCCUGAUCAGCCGUGUUUCACCAAGAAGGAGGUGCGUGACAUCAUUUUUGAGAGGAAUGAGCUCAAAACCAACCUCUUCCUGGUGCAAGAAGAGCUCAACUACUAUCAAAGGGAGAUUCUGAACGAGGAAAGGUGUCCAGGGUUCCUCUUGGAAGCCGUGCGAUCUGCUAUCACAAAAAGAAGAAAAGUCAUCAAAGCCAAGAUGCUGGGAACUGCUGAGAAUGACUGCAGCAGUGAUGAGGAAGACAAGAGUCCCCUGACAGAAGUUGAUGGUACUGAAAAACCAGCAGAGUCACGUAUUCGAAACCUCUUUGGCUUCCUGACGUGGACGGGCAGCGGCCGUAGCCCCACCCACAUGAGCAAUGCCACUUCCAGCUGGGAGAUCAUCGCAGACUCAGAGGCCAGUGUGGAGUCCCAGGAGCACACGUCUUCAUAAGUCUACGAAAGAAAUAACAAGUCUGCAAGUGUAUUUCAUACUCCUCAAUCUCUGCUACUGACAGAAUAUUUCAUGCCUGCUGCAAGCCUGCCAGCGUUAUCACAAAAAUACUAUGCAAAGUGUACGAACACAGACAUGCAAAUAUUAUGUUUUUAAACAAAACACCUCCCUACACAUUUUUUCUCCAUCUCAGCUCCUUUAAUCUCCUCAGCCAUUUGUCUUUCAUCUCAUGAAUUUUAAGUAAACAAUAAUUUUAUUUUAACAAAUUUAUUCUCCGUUAUAGGAAGAGUUAUAUUGCAUUGUAGUUAUAGAGACUGAAAAAAGUUAUUUUUCAUAUACAGUAUAUAUUUUGGAUCCUUUAUUGCGUUUUAAAACCAAAGAUGAACACAUAAGUAUUUUGAAUGAGAAGAGGUCACGUAUGGAAUACCACUUCUUUUCCUUGGAUAGAUAAUAACAGCAAUUGAACACAUAUCUCAAAUUGGACUUACUACUACUACUACUUACUACAUUUGGGGAGUUUUAAAUGUAAGGUGUUACCUCUCUUCUAGCAGUCAAUGCAUGUUCAUUCCAUGAGCCUUAAACAACUGCUUGAAUUUAGGUGGGUUUUGUACAGAAAAUGAUGCACUGUAAUUAAGUAUGAAUGGCAUUUCAAAUAAUCGUGGUGUAAAUACAUAAAUAAAUAACUCGCCCUAUCUCACAAGCCCUAACUGCUUUGACAUGAUGCCAAAAUGUAAAUGAUGCGGUCCCAGAGUUGUGGCUGGACUGGCCAUGUGUUUGUAAUGCGGGCGAUGCCUUGGUCCUUGCACAUAACCAAAUGUGUAUAUGAACCUCUUAUUUGGCUUACUGUCAUUUAUAACAAAGCUUUUAGCGCAGCGCUUCAAUCGGGAAAUGAUUACAGUGAAUUUGGGUUGAUAAUGACACGCUCGGUCAGCCAAUGAGAUCUGUUGCUUGAGAGAGAGGAUGGGACACGAUGAUCGUGAUCCAUUUAGUUUCCUAAAAUACUGUUUGCAGUUUAUUUUUGUAAGCACGAACUGACAAAGAUUUUGACAAUGAAUUAAGAUGAGUACAAUUGAAUGCAAAUGUGACCAGAUGCAGAUUCUUCUGUC